GUUUUAUAUUUUUUUUUUUACAGUAGAAAGACGUGCGGUGAUGAUUCGCGCGCGCUUGUCGGCGACGGCAGCGCCACUGGAUCGAGUCGCGGCGACUACGACGACGUCGGCGAGGAUUCCAACACUGCUCGAUGCUGCCGUAUCGAUCGGUUGAUCAGUGUCGCGCGUGUAGCCGAAACGUUUGGUUGUACCGGUCGUCUCGCGGUCGUGUCAUCGGCGGGGCAGGCGGUCCGAGUGGAGCGCGCGAUUCGCGUACAAGCGAGAAAGCGCGAGAGGGAGAGAAAGAGAGGGAUACGCGUAUCCCGCGCGAAGCGGUGAGGUCGAUCCACGCGGUGCGAAGCAGGCAGAGUGUGCGUGUGUGUGUGUGUCGAACGACGACGAGUGUCCCGCACGCGGAAACCGCGCGUUCCCGGUCUCCGCUAGUGGCAGCGCUGCCGCUAUGUAGCGCCGGGCGGUCUGUAAAUGAAGCGGCGGCGUAUACCGCGCUCGCGUGCCGAGGGGAGGGUACCGUCCGCCGUAACCGCGGCAGCCGCGGCUGCGGCGGCGGCGGCGGCGGCGGUAACGACGACUACGGAGGAGGCGACGGAGGCAGCGGGGGUGAUAGGAAUGGCGCGCAAAUGUUGCGUGCGUAGCUGCAAGGCGGACGUGCGGGAGGCUCGCGCUAAAGGACUACCGCUGCACAAGUUCCCCAAGGACGCCGCGCUGAGGGACAGGUGGUUGGCCAGCGGCGGCUUCGACGAGUGUUUCAAGCCGACGCCAGGCCAGGUCGUCUGCCAUAGGCAUUUCAAACGCGCCGACUACGAGCCCACGCGGGGCGGCUCGCACAAGCUCCUGCUCAAGCGGGGCAGCGUGCCCACCGUCUUCGCGAACUAUGACGAUCAUCCUGAUCCUGUUAUUAUGUCAGUGAAGUCUUCUACAUCUUAUGCUCAAGAAGAUUUGGACCUGAUCAAUUCAGAAAUACUGAAUUUAGAACACUCCACCUCGCCAUUGUUAUCUGAAGCGAGAACACCCAAGUCUGACAGUUGUGGUGAAAUAUGCCACUCCAGACCCGAAUCCUCGGCAGACUCCUUAAACCUCCCUGAUAACUCGGAGGUAGCGGAUAAUGAAUACAAAAGUGUGAUAAAUCCGAAAGAAGAGGGCAAGAUAUCUAUGAAGGACAAAUUAAUCGAAAACUCGGAUAAUAAAGUGAACACAGUAGCGAUGCAACUUGGUAUCGUCGAACCAGCUGAAGCUGAUGCGAUGAAGUGUGACGUCAAAGAUUUAAUAGUGAAGGAAGAAUUAAAAUUGACCGAGAACAAAGAAUUCGACAAAUCGGAAGAGUUAAAACCAAAGGUUCUGAAUCGUGGCGGUUUGAAAUUCUAUCCUGGUGCCAAGUUGGAAGCGAAAGACUUUAGUGAGAAGUGGUAUUCUGCAAAAGUGGUAGAAGCAGAUUGGGAUGAGAGGGAAGUUUUGAUACACUUUGACAAGUGGAAUUCGCGAUUUGACGAAUGGAUACCAAUGGACAGCUCUAGGCUUCGUGUAUUGCAAACUCCACAGAACGAACAAGCUUGGAUUCCGCUAUCUCCGGAAGCGAAGAUUCGGGAAUUUACUGUGGGUGAGCGGAUACUCGCUACGUGGGCGGAUGGCAAAAAAUAUCCAGCCAAAGUGAGCGCUGUCCUGACAAAUGACAGGUAUAACGUGCUGUUUGAUGAUGGAUACGCAAAGAUCGUCAAAUCGUCAAAAAUGACCAAAAUCACCCCAAAUCUAACCAAGCAAUUAAAUGAAGUAGACGGGUAUAUUGGUAGCAAACAAGAAAGAAGAGACAAGAAACGGAAGCACAGAGUUACAGACCUGUUUAACUCGAGAAGACGCACGAAACAAGACGCUGACAAAACACCAAAGAAGGAGGAGGAAACUGUCAUCAAAGAGAGUGGAGAAGGCUUUACAGAGAACAAGAUUGAGAUGGACGGUACACAAUACGAUCCCUGUUAUGAUCCAGGAACAGAUUUGUUGAAAGGUUUUGAAUCUCCUGCAAAGAUCAAAUCUUAUUCGAAGAAAAGCAAGAAGGAAGUGCCCAAGAAUGUAGAUUCUGUAGAUUCUGAAGAAAAUUAUGGUCCCGAAUGGAUCAAUGGACAACCACAAGGAGAGGAAGUUUUUAUUGUAGAUGGUAAUGAUGGACCACGUCGAUCUAUAAUAGUACAAGACAAAAGAUUACCUCCUGAUUGGCAAAAACACUUUACGCAAAGAAAAGCUGGCACGUCUGCUGGAAAAUGGGACGUCUUGUUCAUACACACGCAAACUGGGAAGAAGUUUAGAUCCAGAAAUGACAUCAGGGUGUUUAUGGAGAAUCAAGGACAAUACGACUUUGACCCGGAAAGAUUCGACUUCUGUAUACAUCGAAACAGAAAGCGAAACUCCAUGCAUCGCGCGAAACAGGAAGUUACGCCAGAAGUUACAAAGAAAAUUAAGACUUUAUUACCUAAAACGAAAACUUGCACACCUGACAGUACAUUACUUACCACGGUAACAAACGGUAUCGAUACAACACCUGUCGCCUCGACGCCUACUACAUCUACUACGGAUGGAGAGAUGAUCUAUUCUGUCUUUAUCGGACUUCGAGGUAGCCUUCGUGUGGAAAUGGAGGACAGUGCUUAUAAAUGUCCUAAGGAAGGAUGUAACAAAAAUUUUCGAAAAGAAAACUUGCUACAGAUGCAUAUCAAGCAUUAUCAUCCAGAAUAUUCCAAGUUUCUGGGCUCUACUCCAAAAGUUGAAGACUUAGCUUAUGCAAGAACGAUCGGUGAAUCCAUAGAGGAUAUAAUCCCUAAAAAGUCGACGACAUUCUUAGAGAAACUAAAUAAAUCUGCAAAAAAGAAGUCCCUUCCUGAAAAAUCGCCGUCUACUUUAUUACAAUCAACGUUGAACACUGUGCAACCGACAUCUCCGUCAAUACCUGGUCCGACGAUGCCAGAAGAGGAGGAAAUGCAUCAGUUGGAAAAGUGUAAUGACUCGCAGAAGGAGGAUAUAAAAAUUGAAACAAUGUCACCGAUGUCUAGUCACAGUAUGGAAAUUGACGAUGAUAUUGAAAAGAAAAGGGAAAACGUCUGUGCACUGUCUCCUGGUACAUUAUUUGAUAUGAAAGCGAAGGAGGAAAAGAUGCAAGGUGGCAUUAAAACGCUGUUGCCUGUAAGACCGGUCGCAACGUCGGAGACACAAAAAGCCGAUAAGACAAAAUCUUUGGAUGAAAUUACGCACAGUGAACGUGUAAGAAAUCAGAAAAGAAGGCAACUCGCGGAACAUAACGCGGAUCUGCCAACUAAAGCAAAGAAACGACAUGGUAUGUCAGAUCUUACCGAUAAUUUCGGUGAUCUAGAUGACAGUGCUAUGGACGUCGAAGGACCUACGGCACUUAUGUAUAGAUAUAGUCGUAGAAAAUCCGACUCCAAGAGCGACGAAAAUAGCCAAAAUA